AUGAUUGUGGAUGGAGAGUAUGCGAUUGUAAGCAGUAGCGGACGAUGAGCUAGCUGCUCAGACGCUGCAAGUGUUUCUUUGUUUUGUUUGUGUGAAGAUUGGCAGCGCCAACAUGAAUGACCGCUCGAUGCUCGGGUCCGGCUUGACUUGUGUGUGCACGACUAGAGUGUGCGCCUUGUCUCUGUGAUGGCAUCAGAUACAUGGACCUCGAGACGGCCAUGGAAGUCCGCGGACCGGAGGCCGUCAAGUCGUUCCGCGAUCAGCUGUUCAAGCCCAAAGUACACAAGAGGAUCGCUCCAAUGUAAGCACUCUCUUUGCGGAUCUAUGACAAGUCGACACAUUCUCGUGCGUUCACCUAUGCGUGUCUUUGCAGCUACGCACAGGAACUCCUCGAUAAGCUCGACAAAAAGCCUCACGAGCUUGCCAAGCUCUUCCACCAAUCCACCGAGUUCAACGCAAGAGUCAGCCAAGUUGCACGCAUCGACCCGUCUGAGCGGCUGGGGCUAUCCCCUUGUGUCUCCGCCUUGUUCGGGUCCCUUCAGGCCCUUUACGGAUUGACGCGAGGCGGACUGACACGUUUCACAAUUCUGCCUCACGACCCUCUGGACACGAACUUCAAAAAGCAGUACGAUUGAUGGCGGCACAACAGUCACUGCUUGCAUGCUGGUGUUUGGUUUUAGCCGCUCCAUCUUUGAGACGAACUUCACCUGGACGGGUGGAAUUUCAAACGAGAUUGUCGAGUACGCCCUCUGUGAGCGGCACGAUAUAUGGUCUGCAUAUGGUGCAUUCAUGUGAAUGUCUCCUUGGUGCGACCAUGCAGGCAACAAGGUCUGGCUGCUACAGCCGGGUGACCAGACUGCGAAGGAAAACCAGCUGCGCGACCGUGUGGAGGCCAUCAGCCAACUGUUCCCCUGGCACAUCUGGUGAUGCAUUUUUUAUGAGAAUAGGUGAAGCAGAUUUAUGUCUAUACUUCUGCAUCAUGUGACUUAUCCUUUAUGGAAUUUUCCACUGUCCAGCAUCUUCGGCAGGAGAGCCGGCAAAUACAAGUGAGGAUCGACUCGCAAAUCGACGCCUGACUGAUUCAAUAACUGACUCGCGUCUUUGGUGCUAUGUCUCUUGGUUUCUGUCUGCUUGCAGGGCGAUGAUGGAUCGGACGACGAUGGAUGGCAAUGCAACUUAUAUCGAGAUGUCAGAGGAGGUUUGCCCUCACGACAACGAUGCCAAUGGCAUACAACUGAAGCAGUCAGCUGGAGGAGAACAGGAGAACACCGAUUUGUGA